AUGUUCAAAUCUUUAUCUCGGAAGAAACCCACCGGUCGCCGCCGAUUCAGGGACUACUACACCGAUUGGAUCAACACCCUCAAGACCGUCCACCUCCCACUCCUCCGUCACCACAUGUCUUCCACAACCUCCACUUCCUCCCCCAACCUCCUCUCCGCCCACGUUGAAAUCAUCCACCACCACUUCAAAUCCUACUACCAUACCCUCGACCUCGCCGCCGCCAGCGACGUCUCUCAAAUUCUAUUCCCCACCGACCACCGUAACGCCAUGGAACUCCCUUUCCUCUGGCUAGGCGACCUCCACCCCUACCUCUUCACUAACCUCCUCCGAUCGUUCCUCCUCCAACACGACGACAGUUCUUCGCAGAAUGAACCAGAGAACGACGAUGAAGACUACGAUUACCAGGGACACCAAGAACAAGAACAAGAAGAAGAAGAAAUCGAGGUGGGUGAAUCUUGCGAGUUCUUGAAGAAACAGUGGCCGUUGAUGAAUGCUUGGAAGAUCCAGUCACGUAAAUUAACGACAAGAAUCGAUCAGAUCGAACGUGGGCUAAGGUUGAUGGUGCCAGCAUUGAUGAACAGAGUAAGAAAAGCUCAGGCAGGGUUUAUCCAGAAAGUUGGUUCCGGCGAAGUGAGUGCAGUGGUGGCGGCGGCGGAAAUGGAGGAGGAGAUGGUGGGGAUAGUGAUGGAUGCAAAUAGGAUGCGAAAGGAUGUGAUAUCCGAGAUUGUGAGUGUGACGAGUGUAUAUCAGGCAGCUCUGUUUCUUGAAGGAUUAGCCCAAUUUCUUGUUGGGUUACGAGAUGGGAAAUUGUUGCAGGAAUUCAAGAGCUGUAAAUCGCCAAUCAAUUCGUGA